AUGGGGGGCUUAUUCUCGAGGCGUCGUGGAGAGGAAGUCGGCCCCAACCCUCUUAUAGAGCAGCUGCAGGCUGAGCUUCGAGCGCAGGAGCAAAGAACCAGGGACAUGGAGGAAUCGCGUCAACAGGCGCAGGAGCAGCUGUUGAGAAUUCUGGAAGAGCAGCGCAGUCUUCGCGAGAUGCAUACGAACGCUGCGGAGGAGAUGCGGAACGCGGCGGAAGAGCGUAUGCGAACGGAGGCCAUACAGAGGCAGGCGGAAGAUGCCGCACGGGCGGCGGAGGCAGCUAGGCAGCGCGCCGAGGAGAGCAACAGGCUAGCGGAGCAGCAGAGGCUUCAGGCCGAGGCAGGCAGGCAGGCAGCAGAGGCGCGGAUGCAACAAGCGGAGGAGAACGCAAGACGCGUUGAGCAGGAAAGAAUCCAGGCAGACCAAGCACGUGCCAAUGCGGAGGACAAUGCGCGCAGGGCUGACGACGACAGAAGACUCGCCGACGAACAGAGGAGACAGGCAGAAGAAGAGAUGGCACGCGCAGACGAGGCCAGGGCGAUUGCCGAGGAGCAGCGUAGGGCGGCGGAGGAGCAACGGAUCAGGAGCGAGGCAGAGCGCAUGCGGGCGGACGAAGAAGCACGCAGGGCUCGUCUCCAGCAGGAGCAGGCAGAGCAAGCUAGGGCCGAGGCAGACAGAAUGGCGGCGGAGGCUCAGGCCGCCUUCGAGAGGGCGCAGCAGGACCUUAAAGAGGGCAUCCGGCCUAUCCUUACGCCCACCGUGGAGGAGUUCGAGGAGACGAAGCGUCGCGUUCAGUAUCGAGAGGGCAUCUUCCAUUUCGCAGUCGCCGGGAUAUCUGGAAGCGGCAAGUCGUCGAUUAUCAACGCUGUCCGCGGCAUGCGCAACAACGACAGGGGUCCGUUGGUCGCGCGCACCGGCGUGACGGAGACGACUAGCGACAUCAGUCGUUACCCCGACCCGAACACGGCGAACCCGUGGGUGUGGUAUGAUAUCCCCGGUGCUGGUACGCUGCAAAUUCCCGACUGGGUGUACUUCAACGCCCAAGGCCUAUACAUCUUCGACUGCAUCAUCGUCCUCACCGACAAUCGCUUCACUCAGACCGACGAAGCCAUCAUCCGGAAUUGCGAGCGAUUUAAUAUACCGACGUACAUCGUGCGCUCAAAAUCGAGGCAGCACAUACAAAAUGUGUUGAACGACCUACCGCUCGAGGACGAUGAGGAUGAGGACGACCCUCAGCGAUUGGUGAGAGCGCGCGAGGAGUAUAUCCGCAAGACGCGCGAGAGCAUUGCCAAGAAUUUGGAUCGUGCCGGGCUUUCCUCCCAUCGCGUAUAUGUCGUCGACAAGGAGAACCUGGUUCAGAUUGCCAAGGGUAAGAGGGCGAGAGAUGCCCUGGAGGAGCGCGAGUUACUCGACGACUUGAUUACCGAGGCGCGCAAUCGCAGAGUUCGCGUCGUCGUCAGGUAA